AUGACCAGUCUUUUAACAAGAAAAAUGAUGAGAGAAUGGAAGACUCUUUCCUGUUCUAAUUCAGCAGAAGUUCCUCUCUAUUACUUGAAACCCCAGGAUUCAAAUAUUUGCAUAUGGCAUUUACUAUUAAUAGAGCCCAGAUCAUCUAUGGAAAUUUAUAUUCAGUUGUAUAUCACUGAUGGAAAGAGAUCAGAAAAAGAAUCAUAUGAUCAACCAACUGUGAUCAUUAGAUGUUUAACGCCCAAUAACUUAUUACCUCUAAACAGGAAUGUAUCUUUGUCGCAUCUUAGCCAUAUCAUUAUGGAUGAAGGUACUAACACAUUCAUUAUGAACCUUUGGCAUACAUUUUUCACAACAACAUAUACAUCUGAUAGUAAGUUUCACACAAAGGUAAUAAAUGCCUCUACAUCUCAUAUUUGGAAUCGAAUUAUGUGUCGAAGUUUUAAACUGCAUUUCCCUGAACUCGUUGGAUCUUUACAAACUGGAGAUUAUCGUACCGUUAAGGCUUAUUCGAAGUGGUUAAGAACUGUAUACCCUUCACACUGUGGUAUUUUCAAUAAUAACAAUAAUAAUAAUAAUAGCAUAAACGUAGAAAUUUUCCAAAAUUUGAUCUUCCAACAUUCAAUAGACAAUAAUAAGAAUAAUAGACUAAAUAAUAACAAUCUGCAAUCAUUAACACCUACUUGCAUAAAUUCAAUAGUGUCUCAUCAAUCAGGUUUAUGUGAUGCAUAUAACAUGACGCAUUCAUAUCCAUUUAACCAACAGAGGAUAUCAGUCUUUGACAAACGCACAGAAGAUAUUGAUAUGUUUGAUUUUGACGAAGAAUAUUACGAUGAUAAUAAUAAUAACAGUAAUAGUUUAAAAUUUACAAGAAUUUCAGACGAGAAACCAUAUAACUCCUACAAGAAGCGUAAAUUUUAA